CUUACAAUUUCCGGUUCCUUGACGCUAGUUGGUUCCGGCAUGGCGGCCCCCUGUGAAGUGAGGCAUGGAGUAGGGGAGUGGGACUCCCCGGAUCCAGAGGCUGAGGGAGAUUCCCGGCGCCCUCCGACCUCUCUCCUUUCGGACGCGGCCGUGCAGAGCGACACCGACACCGACGCGGAAACGGAAGACUCGGCGCCCCGGGAGCGGGACACCCCCGAGGACAUCGUGUUAGAGGCUCCUGCCAACGGGCUUGCCUUCCACCCUGCGCGGAAUCUCGUGGCCGCCGGGGACGUGGACGGGGACGUGUUUGUCUUCGAGUACUCUUGCUGGGAGGGUGAAAACAAAGAGCUCUGGUCCUCGGGACACCAUCUCAGGUCCUGCCGGGACCUGGCCUUCUCCGAAGACGGACAGAAACUUGUCACUGUCUCCAAGGAUAAAGCCAUUCAUAUCCUGGAUGUUGAGCAGGGCCGCCUGGAUAAGCGUAUUUCCAAAGCUCACAACGUAGCUAUCAACAGCUUGUUGCUAGUGGAUGAGCAUCUCUUAGCUACAGGGGAUGAUAGUGGCAGGAUUCGGCUCUGGGACCAGAGGAAAGAGGGUGCAAUUAUGGACUUGAGGCAGCAUGAGGACUACAUUGCAGAUAUGGCUCUGGACCCUGCUAAGAAGCUGCUUCUUACUGCCAGUGGGGAUGGUUGCCUGGGCGUCUUCAAUAUUAAGCGGCAUCGGUUUGAACUUCUGUCAGAAGCACAGAGUGGGGAUUUAACAUCUGUUAAACUUAUGAAGCGGGGAAAGAAAGUUGCCUGUGGCUCUAGUGAAGGAACCAUUUAUCUCUUUAACUGGAAUGGUUUUGGAGCAACCAGUGACCGUUUUGCACUGAAAGCAGAGUCAAUUGAUUGUAUUGUGCCCAUCACAGACAAUCUGCUGUGCACCGGCUCUACUGAUGGGAUUAUCCGGGCAGUGAAUAUCUUGCCUAACCGAGUUGUGGGCAGUGUGGGGCAGCAUGCUGGUGAGCCUGUGGAACAGUUAGCCCUCUCCCACUGCGGUAAGUUUCUUGCCAGCAGUGGUCACGACCAUCGGCUCAAGUUCUGGGACAUUACACAACUUCGGUCAGUGGUCGUGGAUGAUUAUCGGAAGCGGAAGAAGAAAGGUGGCCAUUUGCAAGCUCUGAGCAGCAAGGCCUGGGGCAUGGAUGACUUUUUUGCUGGACUUAAGGAAGAGGAAAACACAGUGCCUGAUCCAGUUGAAGAAGAAAGUGAGGACAGUGACUAAAGCGAACCAUAGUGGGGAAUCAUUCAGCCUUUCUGUUGCAGUCCCUGCUCAUUGGUUUUUCAUGCCAGUUUAGUACUAAACUUCUAAAGAGGCUGCUUCAAGUAUAAUUGAAAGUGAGACUAAGGAGGGAAGGAAGCAUGUUAAAACCACCAAGCUCAUAUUUAUUCUAUGACAAGAGGAUUACAAAACCUAAUGUUUAGAUGUAUGCUCCUGAGUUGUCAGAUUGUAGUCUUUAUCUCCAGCAGGACCCUAAUCAAUGAAAGGGAACCCCCCACCCCCACCAACCCUCCAUAGAAGA